UAAAACACGCACAACAGAAACGCCAAACAAACAAAAGCCAAACCUCUCUCCUUCUCCCCGAAACCUUCCCUCCCUCCCUCUUUCGCUCCGGUGACCCCCUUCUCCUGCGCUCAGGGGUCGCCACCCUAAAUUCUAACCCCCCAGAAUUCUAUCCCCUCAAUUAUCAUCGUCAACCAUGUCAGAAAUCCCAAACACAGAUCCAGAAGGCAUAGAUUCAGUCCGUAUGACAUGGAACAACUGGCCCAGAACCAAAGUCGAAGCAUCCAAAUGCGUUAUCCCUUUAGCCGCAUCAAUCUCCCCUAUACGUCCACACUCAGAAAUCCCUACUCUCCCUUACCCUCCUCUCCGUUGCAAAACCUGCACAUCCAUCAUGAAUUGCUUCUCGCGUGUCGAUUUCACCGCUAAGAUCUGGAUCUGUCCUUUCUGCUACCAACGCAACCAUUUUCCUCCCCACUAUUCCAUGAUCUCCGAGACCAAUCUCCCGGCUGAGUUGUAUACCCAGUAUACGACGAUAGAGUAUACUUUAGGUGAUAAGAAUCAUAACCCAGUUGGGGAAAUUGAUGCUAAGUCUGCGUUUGUGUUUGUUUUGGAUACUUGUAUGAUUGAGGAAGAAUUUGAGUAUGUGAAAUCGGAGGUUAAGAGGGCAAUUGGGUUGUUACCGGAGAAUGCAAUGGUGGGUUUUGUGUCUUUUGGGACACAAGUGCAAGUUCAUGAAUUGGGGUUUAGUGAUAUGUCGAAAGUUUAUGUUUUUAGAGGGACUAAAGAGAUUAGUAAAGAUCAGGUUAUGGAGCAGUUAGGUAUUGGUGUUGCUGGCAGGAGGAAUGUUCCUGGUGCUGGUGUUGGUGGGUAUCAGCAGCAGAAGGGGAUGCAUGUUCAGAAUUCAGGUGUGACCCGGUUUUUAUUGCCGGCAUCUGACUGUGAAUUUACGCUCAAUUCGCUCUUGGAUGAGUUGCAAACGGAUCAAUGGCCGGUGGCACCAGGAACUCGGGCUUCAAGGUGUACUGGAGUAGCAUUGAGUGUUGCAGCUGGAUUGCUUGGAGCUUGUUUGCCCGGUGUUGGAGCUAGAAUUGUAGCUUUAGUUGGUGGUCCUUGCACCGAAGGGCCAGGCACGAUUAUAUCAAAAGACUUGUCUGAUCCUGUACGUUCCCACAAGGAUCUUGAUAAGGAUGCAGCACCAUAUUUUAAGAAAGCAGUAAAAUUUUACGAUAGUCUUGCAAAGCAGCUUGUCAGUCAGGGUCAUGUUCUGGACCUUUUUGCAUCUGCUUUGGAUCAGGUUGGGGUUGCAGAAAUGAAAGUUGCGGUAGAAAGAACUGGUGGUCUUGUUGUUCUCUCAGAAAGUUUUGGACAUUCUGUGUUUAAGGACUCCUUCAAGCGUGUAUUUGAAAAUGGAGAACAUUCACUUGGCCUCUGUUUUAAUGGAACACUUGAGAUUAACUGUUCAAAGGACAUCAAAAUUCAGGGGAUUAUUGGACCUUGCACCUCUAUGGAGAAGAAAGGACCUAGUGUUGCCGAUACUGUUAUUGGUGAAGGGAAUACAACAGCUUGGAAGAUGUGUGGCCUUGAUAAGAGUACUUGUCUGACUGUCUUCUUUGAUCUUUCAUCAAGUGAAAAGUCAAAUAAUCCUGGAGCUAUGAAUCCACAGUUAUACUUACAGUUUCUCACAAGUUAUCAAAAUCCCGAGGGUCAUAUGUUGCUGCGGGUCACAACCGUCACUAGAAGAUGGGUGGAUAGUGCUGCUAACUCUGAGGAAUUAGUUCAAGGUUUUGACCAAGAGACUGCAGCUGUGGUAAUGGCGAGAUUAACAUCUCUGAAAAUGGAGGCAGAGGAAGGAUUUGAUGCCACUAGGUGGUUAGACCGAAAUCUCAUUCGUGUCUGUUCCAGAUUUGGUGAAUAUCGGAAGGAUGAUCCAACAUCCUUUACAUUGAACUCGUUUUUCUCUUUCUUCCCUCAGUUUCUGUUUAAUCUGCGAAGAUCGCAAUUUGUACAGGUUUUCAAUAACAGCCCAGAUGAGACAGCUUAUUUCCGCAUGUUGUUAAACCGUGAAAACAUUACCAAUGCCGCUGUCAUGAUUCAACCAUCUCUCAUAUCAUAUUCAUUCAACUCACUGCCUCAACCUGCAUUAUUGGAUGUCGCUUCUAUUGGUGCUGAUCGUAUUCUCUUACUUGAUUCAUACUUCAGUGUUGUCAUAUUUCAUGGAAUGACAAUAGCUCAGUGGCGUAACUUGGGUUACCAGAAUCAGCCAGAGCACCAGGCAUUUGCACAACUAUUGCAAGCACCCAAAGAAGAUGCUCAAAUGAUCAUUCAUGAUCGUUUUCCUGUUCCUAGAUUGGUUGUAUGUGAUCAGCAUGGAUCCCAGGCAAGGUUCUUAUUGGCAAAAUUGAACCCAUCAGCUACAUACAAUAAUGCCAAUGAGAUGGCAGCUGGGUCGGACAUAAUAUUCACAGAUGAUGUAAGCCUUCAAGUUUUCUUUGAGCAUCUUCAGAGGUUAGCUGUGCAGUCUUGACAGUUCUACUAUAGGUUUUCACUGUGGAGAAAUCCCCUUGGAGUGUGAGAUCUGUAUACCUUUGUUUAUCCUUCCUCUCCAUUCCAUUCUCUCCCUUUCUUUCCAUUGUUUUAAGCACAGAAGAUGGAACCCCAUGUUAUUUCAAAAAUAAUGAGAGCUUAUCAUUCUUUGGGGGUGCCGGGAGGUAUCUGGUCACUUGAAACAAUAAGGAACACGAAGUUCAGUUAAGUUCUAGAGAAAGGAGAGGAUGCUGGAAUCGAGAGCAGGAGGGAUCCUUUUUUCAGUACUGGGGCCGAUGAAAAACAUACUUUGACAGAACUUUUAUUGUUUCUUAUACUCCUGUCUUCUCUCAGGUCAAAUGUGUUUUGUAUUGAGAUUUUAAGUUAUAUACUGAAAUGGGAUUGAUGCUCCAAGGUUGAAAGGUUCAGGAACUGGACGUUUCAUUUUUGUUUUGCUCUAAGAAAUACACAAUUUCCAUACACUCCCUCCC